AUGAAAAGUGAUUUCAUCAAUGGAAUUGUAAAAUAUAACUGUUUCUUUAAAUUCAGGCCCAUUAACACAUUAUCUAAAUCAUCAUCUGUAAUCCAUCCCAGGAACUUCACAACAGCUGAAGAAAACACUGGUUUGGACCGAAAGGAUUAUUACAAGGAGCUUGUGGAAAAGAGUGAAAAGAUUUUGCAGAAGUUGACCGUUGACGAGGCCGAGUUGUUGCAAAACAAAGACGUCGUUGUGUAUACCAGGAACAGAACCUGUGGAAAGUGCAACAGAAACGUUAAAGUUUCCACCCCGGAGUUCGUAGAGGACGCUUGUGCGGAUUCCUGGAGGUAUUUCCACAAUUUCUCCUACGUCCCCAACUGUCCACUGUUCGGAAUUAUGAAGUUUGUCAAGUACGGCAAGCUCAGAACUGAACAGAAGGUUUCGAUUUCGGAUCGCUAA